CUCACGUUGAAUUGUUCUUUCACUCCACUUCCCUUUUUUUGUGAAUCCCUUCGAAAUUUUCCUUUUUUUUUUUUUUUGUAUAAUUGACGUGGGUUUUGGUCCUGUUGCUAUGCUACCGUUCUGAUUUUCGAUUUUCUUGAAAAAAAUGAAUUUUAGGGAUUUUACUGAGUAAUGGUAAUUGUAGUCUCUACAUGCAUCCAUUCAAUAUUUUGUUGAGAAAAAAUGUUAUUCGAUAUUGUGUUUAAAGUAGUGAAAUUGCAUAUUUGAAUUACUGGUAAGUAAUACACUGUUACAUCGUAUAUGUGCAUGUAAAAUAUAAAAACGUAGGCUUUGUAGUGGAUACUCUAAAAAUGAAGGAAAGUGUUGCUUAAAGAAACCCUGUGAUCAGUUCUAAUAAAGGAAAGUAUAUGAAGGUCACUGCUGCGGAAGAUUCAGAAUGAGACCUUACCAAAUUGUUAAGAUGCUUUGGAUCAUUGGGCAUGAUGUAUAUUUUACUUACAUGACAGGAUCUUAGUUGCCAACUCAAAUUAUAAAAUUUCUCAAAAAUCUUACCAUGUAAUUGUUCUUAAGAACUUGGAAUGUAGUCUUGAGAAAGGGAAAGUAUUAGGAGGAUAAAAGCAUGCUGCCCAGCUAAUUUCCGAAAGGAUGGAAGAAGAAAAUAAGGAAGUACCCUCUAUCUUGCUUUACAUCAAUCAUUGCUUAUGUGUAAGAACUGUGUGCUGUGUGCUGUGUGCAUUUAUAUUGUAAUUGAUCGGGCUCCUCAUAUAGCAGAUAGUUUGGCUUCAUCCAAUGUUGAUACAUAGUAUGGGUGCUAAUAGUUCUCUCAGCUUUGUGGGAGUCAGAGUUGUACUGGUUAGAUAUGUGUUGAAUGUUUACUGUUUAGGGUUUGAUUUUUACUGCUUUUAGCACAAGAAUAAUAAAAUCAUUCAAAAAUAUUAUUUUCUGAGUUCUGGUUUGGUCAUUUGAAAGAAUGCCAUAAUCGGUCAUCCUAUGCCCUUAUUGAGAAUUUGAGAAAUUGGAUGGAGAAAGGGUCAAGGCUCAAAAUAUGGAAGCAGUCUGAUAUAACUCGAAACAUUCAUUAAGUUAGCUCUCUGUUGGUUUUCCAGUUUUCAUCAUGUCAUCAUUUAUGUGUGAUCUGUCCAUUCCUAGAAAAUCGGUCACACACACACACAACACUUUUAGAAAAUCAUAUAUUUUAAAGUAAUAUACAGUGGGUUUUUGUAGCAAGGUUAUUUUAUGUUAAAUUUAGGCAGACCAAAUGUGCAUGAUGAGAAAUUGAUUAGCUAUGCUCUGUCAGCCAUCUGAAGCCGUAUAUUUUGAUUUACAAAAUUUUCUGUUCAACCUGAGGUAGCUAUUUGGUUAAGUAACUCAAAGGAUACAUUUUGAUCUUCUGCUGACAUCUGCUGGGUACAAAAUUGAAAGCAAACAAGUUUUGGCUUCCAAAAGUACAAGGCUACUAGUAGAUAAGGUAGUUAUUAAUUGAUCUCUGUUAACUUCUGUUGCAGUUAUAAUUGGUUAAGUAGCUCAAAGGAUACAUUUUGAUCUUCUGCUGACAUCUGCUGGGUACAAAAUUGAAAGCAGACAAGUUUUGGCUUCCAAAAGUACAAGGCUACUAGUAGAUAAGGCCUGAAGUUGAACCAAUGGAUUGUUCAGCUGCUAGAAAAACACAAAAGGCUGACCGAGAAAAGUUAAGGAGGGAUCGAAUCAAUGAACAGUUCGUAGAAUUGGGUAACAUUUUAGACCCUGAUAGGCCCAAAAAUGACAAAGCAACCAUUCUGUGUGAUACAAUUCAAUUGCUGAAGGACCUAAUUUCUCAAGUUAGUAAACUCAAAGAUGAAUAUGCUAUGCUAAAUGAAGAAUCUCGUGAGUUGACUCUAGAGAAAACUGAUCUCAGGGAAGAGAAGGCUUCUCUUAAAUCAGAUAUUGACAACUUGAAUAAUCAGUAUCAGCAGCAGCUCAGGACCAUGUUUCCAUGGACUGCAAUGGAGCAUUCAGUUAUGAUGGCUCCAUCAUCGUAUCCAUAUCCAGUGCCAAUGGCAGUACCUCCUGGUCCAAUUCCCAUGCAGCCAUACCCCUUCUUUGCUAAUCAACAUCCUGCAGUCAUCUCCAACCCCUGUUCAACUUAUGUUCCUUAUUUAGCCCCCAAUACCAUUGUUGAACAACAAUCCACCCUGUACGUAUCCCCUCCACUUCAUCCAGGUGCUCGGCCCAAUGUGUCAGGAAAACAAGAGUCCAAGAGCAAGUCAUCCAGGGAGAGCAUGGUUGAAAAGAAUGAGGAAUCUAAUGAUGUCACUACAGACCUUGAGUUGAAGACUCCUGGGUCUUCUGCAGAUCAGGAUUUAUCAUCUGGACAAAGAAAAUCUAGCAAGUUGUCAAGGAGGGAAAGCAGCUGCACUGAAUGGAGUUCAUUAGGUAGGUGUUCUUCUUGUAGCGUUCAGGACAGCUCAUCAAGCAGUGUGGUGGCGAGCAGAAAGGAUAACGAAUGAAAAAGUAGACAAGUUAGUCAAGUUCUUGUGCCUUGAAGCUGCUGAAGUUUUUCAUUGUGCAUCUGCUGCAACUCUGGAGGUAUAAGUCAUUCUGUUCUAAUCCCAAAAUAAAAGUCACUUCUGUUAUCUCUUCUUGACUAAGAAUUUGGUCCAAGUAGGUUUAAGUGCUACAUAAUUUUAGCAUAAACUUCCCCUUCUGGGGGAAAACUUGAAAUUUCAGCUGCAAAAUCACCAAGUUGACCAGUGUGGCUUACGUGUAGGUUUGUAAAUUCUUUCAUAGUUGUUAUAAUUGCAUGAUUCAAUACAAUUCAGCAAGCUAACGAUUUGUAUCAUGCAAUGAAUUGUCGAUGACUUUGAUCUGUACAAUACUUGCAUGAAUUGAUGAUAUCAAUGCAAUUUCAUAUAGUUAGUUCAAAUCA